AUGCGCUUCGUCGUCGCGUGUAGUACAGUGAUAGCUUUGUCGUUCGUAUCCAGAUCUUUAGCCACUGCCACCGGGAGUCCCUUGGACGUGGAGUUUCAGCCUGCUGUUGAACCUCCUACCACUGCUCUGCCUUUGGCACCACCAGAAUUGCUGAAAAGAGCCUCAAAAACGACGAAACGACACAAACAUACAAGAAGACCACGCCCGCAUCCAAAGCGGCCACACCACCAUCCUACAACUGGUUGUACAACCACCGAACUCGUUAAGAAUGGCGACUUCAACAAGAACGUUAAGAGCUGGGACUUUUUAGGCGGAAGCGAUACCCAGUUCUUCUGGAUCAAAAGUUCAAAGAAACGCCCAUCACAUUCGGGAGCCGGACAAGCCUAUCUCUUCUUGCCUCGAGGCUAUACUACCCCUUGGCUGAGUACUACCAUACCUGCCAUAGAAUAUGGCAAUACCUAUACUGUCUCCGCGUGGCUUCGUUACAAAGCGCCGAAUGAUCUGAUAUUUACAUGGACGAUAUCAGCGCCAAAGCAUGCAUUCCGAGGAAACCAAACUGUGCUUGACAGGUCUUGCCUGGAGCUGGCAACGCCCUUGUCAACCCAGGAUUUGAAUGUCCUGACGGUAUCACGGCCUGGAACGCUGAGUCCUACUACGGCUCCGGGAAUGAUAGCAUUGUGCAGCACCAGCACUUUCUUCUACGAUUUCGAUAUCAGCACCAUCACUACAAAAUGGACCAAGUUCGAAGCCAACAACAUCGAAACAUCAACCUACGACUACCUCUACAUCGGUAUUUACCAAUGUGCCAGUGACCCCCAACCCGUCAUCUACCUCGACCACAUCUACUUCGGCAAAGACCCUUCCUCCCCUCCCGCUCCCAUGACCAGCUCACCCCCAGAACCCACCCCCACCCUGGGCCCCUGCACCACCACCCUCUCACUCAUCGACCCCAGCUUCGAGCUCCCCAACCUCGACACCUGGCUCUUCCACGACCAAUCCCCCAACGCCGACACCACCUUCUCCCUAAACUCGGCCUCCACCUACGGCCCGCCCACGCCGGCGCCGCCACCAUCAUGCAGCCAGUCCUCGGCCUCUGCGACGGCGCCUACACCAGCAGCGCGAGGUUCUACAUCCCUGAUGGCUACGACGCCGCCCUGUGCGUGUUCAGCUACGGCGUCUUCGCCGGCGCGACGGUCGCGCCGACCGCGGCGGGCGUGUGGACGCAGGUGGAGGUUGUGUUUCUGGUGCAGGAUGUUGAGGCGGCGUUUCCGUACGUGUAUGUUUCGGUUGAUUGUCGGAAUACGGGGGGGAUGGUUGUGUUGGUUGAUGAUGUUACGUUUGGGCCGCCCGCCGGUUUGUAGUGUUGUGCCGACCAUUUCUGAUGGCGGGUUUGAGAGUGGGGAUGUUAAGAUCUGGGAUGUGGGAUUUGGGGAGGGGGAUGAGACGUUCACUAUCACGACUGCGAAAGCGCAUACGGGUAAGAGGAGUGGCGUGUUGACAUUCCCCUCGGCCUCGAACAGCGCGGGUUUUAGCCGCGAGUUUGAUGCGUGCGUGGGCGGGAAGUAUACGUUCCAUAUGUGGUCCUAUAUGCCGAAAGCGUAUAAAAGUAGUCCGUGCUCAGUGAAUGCGUACGCGUGGUACACGGGGGAUUCCUAUAUAGAGGAUGUGGCAGUGUGGGAUACGUGGGUGGAAUAUAAGCUUGACUUUGUGGCGGGAGCGACGGUGGGGCAUAUGAAUUUCGGGGUUAGUUGUUUGAAUCGGUUGGGGAAGGUGGUGGUAUUUUUGCAUGAUGUUGGGAUUACGGUGAGGUAA